CGAGGCGGGGAUGCACAGGGCUUCCCGCGGCCACGGCGGCGGCGGGGGCACGAGCUAGCGCUGCGGCGCGCCGAGCCACAUCGGCCCGGGCCGGGGCGGCGGCAGCCCGAGCGCCGCUCGCACCAUGGCCGCGCAGGGCGAGCCGGGCUACCUGGCGGCGGCGCAGUCGGACCCCGGCUCGAACAGCGAGCGCAGCACCGACUCGCCGGUGGCCGGCUCCGAGGACGAUCUGGUGGCCGCGGCGCCCCUCCUGCACAGUCCCGAGUGGAGCGAGGAGCGCUUCCGCGUGGACAGGAAGAAACUCGAGGCCAUGCUCCAAGCUGCAGCUGAAGGAAAAGGCAGAAGUGGGGAAGACUUUUUCCAAAAGAUCAUGGAGGAGACCAACACCCAGAUUGCAUGGCCGUCCAAACUGAAGAUUGGGGCCAAAUCCAAGAAAGAUCCCCACAUCAAGGUUUCUGGGAAGAAAGAGGAUGUGAAGGAAGCCAAAGAAAUGAUCAUGUCCGUCUUAGACACGAAAAGCAACCGUGUCACGUUGAAGAUGGACGUCUCGCACACAGAGCACUCGCACGUCAUCGGCAAGGGCGGUAACAACAUUAAAAAGGUGAUGGAGGACACAGGCUGCCACAUCCACUUCCCAGACUCCAACCGGAACAACCAGGCGGAAAAGAGUAACCAGGUGUCUAUAGCAGGACAGCCCGCAGGAGUCGAAUCGGCCCGAGCGAGGAUUCGGGAGCUGCUUCCUUUGGUGCUGAUGUUUGAGUUACCGAUUGCCGGCAUUCUCCAGCCCGUCCCCGAUCCCAACACCCCCUCCAUUCAGCACAUCUCACAGACAUACAGCAUUUCUGUGUCGUUUAAGCAGAGGUCUCGAAUGUAUGGUGCUACGGUCAUAGUGCGAGGUUCUCAGAAUAACACUAAUGCUGUGAAGGAAGGAACGGCCAUGCUGUUGGAACACCUUGCGGGAAGCUUGGCGUCCGCCAUCCCUGUGAGCACACAACUGGACAUAGCGGCCCAGCAUCACCUCUUCAUGAUGGGCCGGAACGGGAGCAAUGUCAAACAGAUCAUGCAGAGAACGGGGGCGCAGAUCCACUUUCCCGACCCCAGCAACCCACAGAAGAAGUCUACCGUCUACCUCCAGGGCACCAUCGAGUCCGUCUGCCUGGCAAGGCAGUAUCUCAUGGGGUGUCUUCCUCUGGUGUUGAUGUUUGAUAUGAAGGAAGACAUUGAAGUGGACCCACAGGUCAUCGCGCAGCUGAUGGAGCAGCUGGACGUGUUUAUCAGUAUUAAGCCAAAGCCCAAACAGCCAAGCAAGUCUGUGAUUGUGAAAAGUGUUGAGCGAAAUGCCUUAAAUAUGUAUGAAGCAAGGAAGUGUCUCCUCGGACUUGAAAGCAGUGGGGUUUCCAUAGCAACCAGUCUAUCCCCAACAUCGUGCCCUGCCGGCCUGGCAUGUCCCAGCCUGGAUAUCUUAGCUUCCGCAGGCCUCGGACUCACUGGACUAGGUUUAUUGGGGCCCACCACAUUGUCGCUAAACACGUCGACAACCCCAAACUCACUCCUGAACGCUCUCAACACUUCAGUCAGUCCUUUGCAGAGCUCAAGUUCUGGUACCCCAAGCCCUACCCUGUGGGCACCCUCUGUGGCUAACACUGCAAGCGCCACAGGUUUCUCUACAAUACCACACCUUAUGAUCCCAUCUACCGCCCAGGCCACAUUAACCAAUAUCUUGCUGUCUGGAGUGCCCACGUACGGGCACACGGCCCCAUCUCCCCCGCCUGGCUUGACUCCUGUUGAUGUCCACAUCAACAGCAUGCAGACAGAAGGCAAAAACAUCUCUGCUUCUAUAAAUGGACAUGUGCAGCCUCCGAACAUGAAAUACGGUCCGCUGUCCGCUUCAUCGCUUGGGGAGAAGGUGCUGAGUCCGAAUCAUGGCGAUCCGUCCAUGCAGACAGCUGGGCCCGAACAGGCUUCUUCCAAAUCAAACUCCGUGGAAGGCUGCAAUGAUGCCUUCGUUGAAGUGGGCAUGCCUCGAAGUCCUUCGCAUUCCGGAAACGCUGGCGACUUGAAGCAGAUGCUGGGUCCCUCCAAGGUCUCCUGUGCCAAGCGGCAGACGGUUGAGCUACUGCAGGGCACGAAGAACUCGCACCUCCACAGCACUGACAGAUUACUCUCAGACUCCGAACUGAGUGCCACAGAAAGUCCUCUUGCUGACAAGAAGGCCCCAGGGAGCGAGCGUGCCGCUGAGAGGGCAGCAGCUGCCCAGCAGAACUCGGAAAGGGCCCGCCUGGCCUCGCAGCCAACCUAUGUCCACAUGCAGGCAUUUGACUAUGAGCAGAAGAAACUAUUAGCCACCAAAGCGAUGUUAAAGAAGCCAGUGGUGACUGAGGUCAGAACACCUACGAAUACGUGGAGCGGCCUGGGGUUCUCGAAGUCCAUGCCGGCAGAAACCAUCAAGGAGCUGAGGAGAGCCAACCACGUGUCCUAUAAGCCGACGAUGACAACCGCCUAUGAGGGCUCCUCAUUGUCCCUCUCAAGGUCCAGCAGUCGUGAGCACCUGACAAGUGGAAGCGAGUCAGACAACUGGAGAGACCGAAAUGGAAUAGGCCCCAUGAGUCACAGCGAUUUCUCGGCACCGAUCGGCAGCCCCAAGCGCAAGCAGAACAAAUCAAGAGAGCACUAUCUAAGCAGCAGCAACUACAUGGAUUGCAUUUCCUCGCUGACGGGAAGCAACGGCUGCAACCUCAACAGCUGCUUCAAAGGCUCUGACCUCCCAGAGCUUUUCAGCAAGCUGGGCCUGGGGAAAUACACCGAUGUCUUCCAGCAGCAAGAGAUCGAUCUUCAGACGUUCCUCACCCUCACAGACCAGGAUCUGAAGGAGCUGGGAAUCACCACCUUUGGAGCCCGGAGGAAAAUGCUCCUGGCAAUUUCAGAACUAAGUAAAAACCGAAGAAAACUUUUUGAACCACCAAAUGCAUCGUGCACCUCCUUCCUGGAAGGCGGAGCCAGUGGGAGGCUGCCCCGCCAGUAUCAUUCAGACAUCGCCAGCGUCAGUGGCCGCUGGUAGCGCUACUUUCUGGACAUGCACCUGCUAUCUGCAAAGGUGGACACGAUCUGUGGACAGUCUUCACUGCGCUCGUCCGUCCUUGCACUCUGGGUGUCUGGUAUCAAGACCAAAGUGUUGAAUUCGUCAUACCCUUACAUCAUGGCAAAAAAGAAAGAAAGAAAGA